AUGGGCAGCGGAGGCUCCACGGGGCGCGGGGCCCGGCUGGCAGCCGCCGAGGGCCCCGACGGCGUCGAGCAGCGUCUGGAGGUGCGGGGCCGGCAGAUCCCGGCCGAGCUGUGGGCUCAGCAGGGGCUGCGGAAGCUCUACCUGAGCGACGCGGGGCUGCGAGAGGUCCCGGACGAGCUGGCGGAGCUGCAGCACCUGCGGACCCUCGCCCUGGACGGCAACGAGCUGAUGGAGGUGCCCGAGGCCGUGUGCGACCUGCCCCACCUGGCGCACCUGUACCUGGGCCGCAACGGGCUGCAGUGGCUGCCGCCCUCCUUCGCCCAGCUCCAGAGCCUGCGCUGCCUCUGGAUCGAGGGAAACUUCUUGGCGCACUUCCCCCGAGCCCUCCUGGAGCUUUCGGAGCUGCGCAGCCUCCAGCUGGGGGACAACCGGCUGUGCCGGCUGCCCGCGGCGCUGACCCGCAUGGCCGGCCUGCGGGGGCUCUGGCUCUACGGGAACCGCUUCCAGGAGUUCCCGCCCGUGCUGCUGCGCAUGGAUCACAUCCGCGUCCUCGACCUGGAUCGCAACCGCAUCGCCAGCUUCCCGGACCUCACCGGCCUUGCUUCCCUGCGCCUCCUGUCCUACGACCACAAUCCCGUCCAUCAGCCGCCCUGUGUCGGGGAUGAGGUGCAGCUGGUGGGGGACGGGGCACAGGAGUUCAUGGAAGCGCGGCAGGAGCGGCUGCAAAGCCUGCAGCACCAGGAGGAGGAGGAGGAAGGCACCGAGACCGCCCCGGUAUCCCCCGAGGAUGGGCCGGAGGAUGGGCCAGAGGAUGGGCCGGAGGAUGGGCCGGAGGAUGGGGAGGGGGAAUUUGCGGCCCUGACGGGAUCUCCUGAGGAAACAUGA